GUCCUGAGACUGCAGGCUCCGGUGCAGCGCUGCUGGUUAAAACGGGCUUUCACCUCAAUCAGUCAGUCAGUGAGUCUCAGGCAGCUUCAGCUUCGGUUCGGGACUGGAAAUGGAUCGGCAGGGGCAGAGAUGGCCAGUGUGGAUCUUAUUAUUGGGAUUGUCAGUGUGUGUCAGCGGGAUAACACGACAAGAACUUUUUCCAUUCGGGAGAAGCGCAGGCGACCAGUCUCUUCAUGAAGGCAAUGACGAGACUCAGGAGAUCACGCUGGAGAAGCAAGUAACGUUUUACGACGCACAGUUCAACAAGAUUCACAUCAACACCAAUGGGUUUGUUGCUCUGGAGAAGCCAGCAGGAGAAUCCGAGUAUCUGGGUAACAUGCCGGCUGGUUUUGGGAUGAUCGCUGCUCUGCAGGGCGACCUGGACACCAGCGACGGAGUAGGAAAGGUGUUCUUCCGCCAGGACUCCAGUCCGGCUCUUCUACAGCAGGCGGCCGAUCACAUCAACAGAGCCUUCCCUGAGGAUGACGUGGUGAACCCCAUCAGCGCUGUGGUGGUCACAUGGGUGGAUGUGGCGUCCCAUCGGGCCGAGAGCAGAGGAGACGGACUGGAGCCCACCGGAAGACGAAAUACGUUUCAGCUGGUCAUCGCUUCUCUGGAGACGAAGUCCUAUGCGAUUCUUCUCUACCCGAGAGAGGCGAUGCAGUUCCAGAGCACCAGCAGCUACACGAUGCACGCCGGCUUCAGUAAAGGACAGAAGACAUACUUAGUGCUUUAUAAGAAGCAAGGACCGUACUAUCGCAUCACAGACGACACCGAGGCGUCUGUCAAGAACUUGGCCGAGCAGACUAACUCCGGAAAGCGUGGUGUGUGGGUGUAUGAAAUAGGAACGUUCCCUUACUUCACGGACGUCGCUCCUGGAGAAGUGCCAGACUUACCUUUGGAUUCCCACCAAUAUCAGACCACAAGAAACCCCAGCCAUCAACACCCGGUGUAUCCUGACGUCCAGCAGGAGAACCUGGAUGGAGUUUAUGAUCGUCCAGAACAUCCUCCACCCUUCCAGGUGCAGACGGUUCAGUACAGACCUGAACGACCGGCAGUCGUGGAAAUCGAAAAUGAAGACAACAUCAAGGUUGACGUAUUUACAUACAACUCUGGUGAAUGUGGUGGACAGAAAUGCUCUAAAUUUGGUGAAUGCAGCAAUUAUCCGAGCGGACGAUGCUGCCAGUGUAAACCUGGAUACUACGGCAAUGGGGUUCAGUGUGUUCCUGAUGGUAUUCCUCAGAGGAUGAACGGUAAAGUGAGCGGCAGGGUGUCCGUGGGAAACUCACCGGUGCCCGUGGACUUCGCCAGUAACGAUCUCCACUCGUAUGUAGUGGUGAAUGACGGCAGAGCGUAUGUGGCCAUCAGCGCCAUUCCAGCGAUCGUCGGCUUCUCUCUGCAGCCGCUGUCGUCCGUCGGAGGAAUCAUCGGCUGGGCCUUUGCACUUCAGCAGCCGGGCUUCAAGAACGGCUUCAGCAUCAUUGGCGGAGUGUUCAGACGUCAGGCCGACGUGACCUUCCAGCCAGGCGGGGAAAGGUUGACUAUCUCUCAGGAGUUCAAAGGCAUUGAUGAGCACGACCACCUGAUGGUUGACACCAGACUUGAAGGAAAGAUUCCUGAGGUUCCUCAGGGAGCCACAGUUCAAAUUGACCCCUACACAGAGAUCUACCAGUACAGCACCAACUUGAUCACCGCUUCAUCCACACGGGAGUAUGUGAUCAAUCUGCAGGACCGUUCAACCCAAAGCAGAAGCUACAAAUUCAGAGAGACCAUCACGUUUCAGGGCUGCCAGCACGAUGAAGUCGUCAGAACCUUGCCGUCCACACAGAUGCUCAAUGUCGACCAGGUGUUCGUCAUGUAUGAUACGGGUGAACAGCUCUUGCGUUAUGCCAUGAGUAACAAGAUUGGAGACGUCAAUGGUGGACAAACGGAAGAAAACGCCUGCUUCACUGGCAGACACGGCUGCGACACUAACGCCGUCUGCAGACCCGGACAAGGAAACCAGUUCACAUGCGAAUGUGCCGCGGGCUUUACUGGAGACGGACGCGCUUGCUAUGACAUCGAUGAAUGCAGGGACACUCCUCAGAUCUGUGGGCCGAACGCCGUCUGCAAUAACCAGCCGGGAACGUUUCGCUGCGAGUGCCAGGACGGAUUCCAGUUCGCCAGCGACGGACAGACGUGUGUUGAGGUGCAGCGUCCCGUGGACCCGUGCCGCAUCGGCACUCAUGACUGUGACGUCCCUGAACGCGCUCGCUGCAGCUACACCGGAGGAUCCUCCUACAUCUGCACCUGCCUGCCGGGAUUCAUGGGAGAUGGACGCAGCUGUCAGGACAUAGACGAGUGUCAGGUGAAUCAGUGUCAUGAAAAUGCCGUCUGCUUCAACACACCUGGAUCUUUCACCUGUCAGUGUAACCCUGGUUUCUAUGGCGAUGGUUUCCACUGCUCUACAGAAUAUGAGAAGACGCGCUGCCAGCUGCAUAGAGAUAGCGUUCUGGGCGCUGGGCCCCGCGGCCCCCGUCCUGUGCCCGGUCAGUAUGUGCCGACCUGUGACUCCCAGGGCGAGUACGACCCCAUGCAGUGUCAUGCCAGCGCAGGGCAGUGCUGGUGUGUGAACCGCGAUGGACUGGAGAUCUCUGGGACGCGAAGGGGACCCGGGCGCUUUCCUGAGUGUCCUGGUCAUGAUGUCCCUCGCCCGAUUGGACCAACACCCGAUCCUAACGUCAGUCCUUUGCCUCCUGGCAGCCACAUCCUCUUCGCCCAGAGCGGGAAGAUUGAGUAUAUUCCUCUGGAAGGUCACAACCUGAAGAAGAACGAAGCCAAGACUGCACUGCACCUCCCGGAGAAAGUGGUGAUUGGAAUUGCUUUUGACUGCGUGGAGAAGAUGGUGUAUUGGACAGACAUCAGCACACCUGCCAUUAGCAAAGCUAGUCUACAAGGAGGAGAACCCGUCCACAUCAUUAAAUCAGAGCUCAGCAGUCCUGAAGGCAUCGCUAUCGACCAUCUGGGCAGAAACGUGUUCUGGACAGACUCCAUGAAGGACAGGAUCGAAGUUUCCUCAUUAGACGGAUCGCAGCGCCGUGUCUUGAUUAACACAGACCUGGUUAACCCAAGAGCCAUCCUAACUGAUCCCACCAAUGGCUACAUUUACUGGGCCGACUGGAACAGGGACGCCCCCAAAAUCGAGAUGGCUUACAUGGACGGCACAAAUCGCAGGGUCCUGGCCAAGGAUGAUUUGGGCCUCCCCAACGGUUUAACUUACGACCCCCAGACGUCUCUGCUGUGCUGGGCGGAUGCUGGUACACAUAAAGUAGAGUGCAUGAAUCCGCAGCAGGGCAGUCGGAGGCAGCUUAUGGAGGGAAUUCAGUAUCCCUUCGGACUGACUACUGAUGGAAAGAACCUCUACUACACGGACUGGAUGAGGGGUGCUGUAGUCGUAGCUGAUCGAUAUGCUAGGCGAGAGGUGGAUGAGUUCCAGCCCCAGAAACGAACACGUCUGUACGGGAUCACCACGGCACAUGCCCACUGCCCGUCUGGUCAGAACUACUGCUCGAGCAAUAAUGGCGGCUGUACUCACUUAUGUCUGGCGACAGCUGCUGGGCGCUCGUGCAGGUGUCCGGAUAACGCUGUGGGACUGGGCUGUGUGGAGCGAGAAGGCUGGAACUGAAGAUUCAAAGAGACGUGAGCAGACCUCCGGUGAUGAAGGACAUGGCAGUUCCAUCUGAAUGCUUCUUGUCUGAAAGAUGUAAUAAAACCAACUCAGUAUUAAAGAUUUCUAAAUGCAUCCAUGCCUUAAAUAUGAUCAUGGUGCUUUAAAGAGCAGUUAAUGCUAAUGAGGUCAUUGUGAAUUUAGUUUCGUGACUAUUUUCAGCAAAACUAACAGUGUUACCCUGAGAGUAUCUCUUUUAAAAGAUAAAGAAAUGAUACAAUUGUGAAAUAGCCUGACAUAAAUCAAUGUUUACACAUACAUCUUUUCAAUAAAAUCAUAUUUUGUUU